AUGGCAAUUGACUCAGGAAUGGAAAGACAACAUACAAAUUGUGUUGGGUUGCAUGAUCUAGACCUUGCAUUAAGGGUUGAGCAACCUCCUUUAACAGAUGUAAGUUCCUCUGAUGAAAGGAGGUACUUUGAGAAGUGGGAUCGCUCAAAUCGCAUGAGUCUGAUGAUCAUUAAGCACGCUAUUCCGGAGUCUUUUAGAGGUGCGGUGUCUGAAGGGAUCACCAAUGCUAAAGAUUUCCUUGCUGAAAUUGAGAAACGCUUUGCAAAAAGUGAUAAGGCGGAAACAAGCAUGCUUUUGCAACGCUUAAUUUCCAUGAAGUAUAAAGGCAAAGGAAACAUUAGAGAAUAUAUUAUGUAA